AAUGGACAGGAAGUGCGAGUUCCAGCCCCACAGAUUAUAGGUGUCGUUAGGAGCGGUAGUUGCUACAUGGAUUUGUCGACGUUUUCGUGUAACAGUCUUUAAGAAAAUCAGCACAUGCUGUUCUUUAUACUCUCGUCUGUUAAUAUAACGUGUUACUGGUUAAUGUUACUAUGAAUGGUAAGGUUGGGAAUGGAGCAGCGGGCGGUAUGUUGGCCUGUAUCGAGGGUCUACCGCCGUUGCCCAAGAGCUUAAGCGGGCUGCUCAACUCCAGCGGCGGCUCGUGGAGAGAGAUGGAGAGGAUGUACGUGAAGAAGACCAUGAUCCAAGACGACCUGAGCCGAGGACGAAAUAACGCCGACAAUCUGCUGGCGAAUAAACCGGCAAACCUGGAUGCAGCCCUGGCUCUGCUCAGGAAAGAGAUGGUGGGUCUGCGUCAGCAGGACAUGUCUCUGCUCUGUCAGCUCUGGUCUCUCCAUGAGUCAAUCCAGGAGUACAAGGGCAGCUGCCAGGACCUGUCUGCCGUGUCCGGCACUGACGGGCCGUAUGGAAUGGAAAACGGCUAUUUUGACGAAGAUGAGGAAUAUUAUACAGAAUCUGUUAUGACACCAGCCGAAACACCGGACGGAAAUGACACAUCUCCCAAAAACGGGACAUCCAAGGACAGUUGGAUACAUGACUCCUUCCAUAUCACAAUCUAAAAGAUGAACUCGAGUUGCUUUUUCUUUGAGGAAAACAAGCUGUGCCAUAAUUUCCGUUGCUGGCAUUGUUUAGUUUUACAGCAGACUCUUUCUACAGGAAAUUUAAAGGAGGAUUAUUAUUUAUUGUGUAAUACAUAAUAGUAUUUUUUUGCUGAUUUAAUCAACAUUGGAUAUUUUAUAAGAUCUUUUUUAUAUGGGGAGAAGCAUAUGGUUUCAAAAUGAUGUUUACAGUAAAGCAACUUUUGUUUGACUAGAAGCCCCACUGGAUCUAGAUUUAUUUUUAUUUCUCACUGAGCAGUUGCUCGCCGGGUGCUUGAUGAAAGGUUUUUUGAGUUUUGAUAAAGCUGGACAUGCUACCUAUUCUUUGCUGAAAUGUAAUCCAGGGUAUAACCAGCACAAAGCGCUCAUGACAGCAUCACCAAAACAUGCCAUGGUGUCCUAGUGUAUUUAUUAUACAACAUAUUGCAUAACUCAUUCAUUAUUUACAUAUCUUACACAAGUAAAUUGAUAUCCAGCUGUGUUCAGCUCCAUAACAUUUCUAUAGCAUUUACAUUUCAUGUCAACCUACACUAGAUGGUGUAUUGUAGAUGUUUUAUUUAUUUGCUGCUGAAUGUCUUCCAUUACGUUUGAAUACACCGUCAAAAUGCAGUAUAAAGUUAAAACAACUUGGUUUUGCAAAUCAGUUCAACCUACUGUUUUAAGUUUUGACUGUGAUAAGUUGACCUAACUUAAACAAAAAACAAGUUGAAAUUGUUUAACUUAAUAUUUUAAGUUAAAUAAAAAAAGUUGAUUUGACACACAUGCUGCAUUUUUUUUUUACAGUGUACCAAUCUCGAAUACCAUAUAUAUAUAUAUAUAUAUAAGUAGCCUGUAUUGACAAUAUGAGAUAAUAAACUUUGUUUUGCCAUCAAUAUAGUCAUGAAUCAACCAAAAAUAAUCAGUGUAUACGUAUUCUGAAUGUCUCAGCUAUCACAGCAUAUCAACGGUCAUUUUAUAAAACAUGUUUUUAUUUAACGUGUGGUAAUUUGUGAUUUUUGUGUCUCGCAAUGCAAGGAAAGGACUACACUCUCAAAAUGGCUGGGUUAUUUUUGACCCAUAAUGCGUAAAUAUUGGACAAAACGCACAGCUGGGUUAAAAAUCCCCCAAUGCUGGGUUGUUUUUACCAACUUUGGGUCAUUUUUAACCCAGCAAGUGGUUUGUCCAAUAUGGGUCAAAAAGAACCAUGCCAUUUUUCGAUUGUAUUAAAUUUAGCGUGAUUAAGAACUUUAAUACUUUAUAAAUGUGAAUUUUUUUGCAGUUUUCUUUUGAAAUGUGAAUGAAAUAAUAUCAGCAAGAUAUUUGUUUUGACCUCUACAAUGCAACAGUCCUUGUUUUUUUUUACACAUCUGGAACGUACAUAAAUGCAGCACAAUUCAACUUAACCCUCCUGUCUCUUACCGGUUUCAAAUGCUGAUUCAAUUUUAACUCCUUUUCCAACACACAACCUAUCAGAUUUUAGUCAAAAAUUAUAUAUAAUUGGAAAAACAGUAACACAACUAAAACAACAACAAUAUUGUUAUUCAACCAGCAGGGUUUUGGGUGCUUUGACCAAAGGGCGCACUGACAGUAACUUAACACAUUGUGCCUUGACACAUCUUGGUUUCUAAUCCAGGUGCUAUUGCCAUUUCCAGCUAUCUAUUAACUUAUUUUUAUAUCUCUAUUCAUCAGCUCAUCCCAGCAAAAACAUCUUCUCACCACCCAUCCUAUUAUCUUCCAACCUGUUGUGAUUUACAGCUGCGGUCCUGCCAUUUACCCAGAAAUUCCUUCUUGGUUUUUGUAAUUUGCAUUGCAAGUCAGUGAAAGUAUUUUGGGGUUUGUUUGAUCUCUGUGGUUGGUUGUGAAACGCUGUUCUUGGAUGUUUUAUAUAAAGUGGUGCUAAAUUUUUUGCAUGUUUGAUUUGAUGUUUUUGGUCAAUCCAUGUUCUCAGAGUCUUGCAUUGGGUGUGUUUGUGUGUGAAACUGUGCUUAUACGUGGUCUGAGCUGAUAAUGAUACAAGAAUAAUCAUUUUUCUAUUUUCUUUUAUUUAGUAGCUAUAUAAAAAAAUAAAAUAUCACAAUGAAUGGCA